AUGCAAACACCACAACAGUCCAAUAAUGUCGAUGAAGAAAAGAUAUUUCCAUUUGAUUUUAAUUAUACAAUAAAGAAAUUGGAUAUAUUAUUAAAUUCUUUAAUUUAUAAUUCAACAAAUGAUGAAAUUAAAGAAAAUAAAGAAUGGAUAGUUAGAUUACCUCCAUAUUGUAGUAGACUACAAUCAGGUUAUAAUUGUGGAAUCGUUGGUACAAGAAUGGCAAUUGAAUUUAUAGAUAAAUCAUUUUUAGAGAGAUCAUUAAUCGAUGAAUUACUUAUGACAGCAGUAUUAAAAGGAUAUUCAAAAGAGGGUGAAAUGUUUUCAAGUUAUCAUUUAUCAGAAAUUAUAAAUUUAUUAUUCAAUAAUUUAAAUUUUAAUUAUAUAAAGAGUAAUGUAGUUUCAUUCCCAACUACAGCCGAUAUAUUAAAUCAACUUUCAAAUGGGUUCCCAAUUUUAGUACCUUAUGAUGCUGAUAAAAAUUGGAGACCUUGUUCAAAUGGUGGUGUAAAAGCUCAUUGGGCUAUGAUCAUUGGUUUCAUUAUACCAAAUAAACAUUCAAAUAAUAAUAAUAAUAAUAAUAAUAAUAAUAAUAAUAAUAAUAAUAAUAAUAAUAAUAAUAAUAAUAAUAAUAAUAAUAAUAAUAAUAAUAAUAAUAAUAAUAAUAAUAAUAAUAAUUGUAAUAAUACAUUAAAAUAUAAAUUUAAGAAAAUUGAAGAGAAAAAUAAAAUUAAAGGUUAUUUAGAAGAAGAUGGUGAAAAUUAUUAUGAAAGUUGUUGUCAAAAAAUAAAUAAAGAUAAUAUAAAUCAAUAUGGAGAGAAAUACAUGUUUUUAACAAAUAGAGAUGAUGGUGAUGAUGAUAAUAAUAAUAAUAUGCAAAUAAAAGAUGGAUUUAAAUUACAAUUCUUUGAAAAACCAAUAACUUCAUUCAAUAGAUUACCCUUUAUAAAUGAUGAUUAUGAUGAUGAUAAUAAUAAUAAUAAUAGUGACGACGAUAAUGAAACUAUAAACAAAGAUUUAGAUGAAAAUGAAAAAGAGAAAAAAGAAUUUUUUAGUACUAAAGUAUUAAAAUAUGAUCAAGUUUAUUUAAUUUGUCAACAUGGCAAAAGCCCAAUAGUACAAUUAUGGGAAUAUAGCCUAUUAAGAGAUUCAAAUAGUUGUUUAACCGAAUUCCCAAAAGAAAGAAGAAAUGAUGAAAGAUGGAUUAUACCAAAUGAUUUAAAUGACUUAAAAAAUAAAUGGAUAUUUUUAAAAAGAUAA